UCUCCACUUAUAAUCAACAAAACAAUAACAGAACCAUUUGAAAAUAAAAAAAUAAAAUUCAGAAAAAUAUAAAAUACAAACCCAACAAAGAAAAAUAGCAAUUAUAGAUACAAAGACCUCUCUUUUUCAACAAUACAUUCCCCGAGUUCUCUUCUGCUCAAACCUCCUCACCCAGGAGGGAUGGAGAUAGAAAAGACACCAAAAGAACCCAAAAAGAAGUAUCUUUUUCUAUCCUCCUUGCCAUCAUUGUCAUCAUCAUUAACGUCGAGAUACAUGAUGGCUAUCCUCCUGGUCUUUGUCUAUGCACUUCUCUACAACCCCACCAUUGUCCUCUCUGACCCUUCCCCCACCACCUUCACCCCCCAAGACAACUUCCUCAUCGACUGCGGUGCUGCAAACGCUCCCACACUACCCGAUGGAAGGACCUUCAAGACUGAUUCACAAUCAUCGCAACAUUUGAAAGCAAAUGAUGAUAACAAGGUGUCUGAUGACAAGGCAGAUGUGCCUUCUCCUCUUUACAAAACCGCAAGGAUUUUCACAAGUGAAGCCACUUAUACGUUCCACAUGGGAAGUCCUGGGUGGCAUUGGGUUCGCCUCUAUUUCUAUCCCAUUCAAAACUCUGUGUCUGAUCUUCAGAAGGCAACUUUCAAUGUCAUGACAGAUAAGUACACUUUGCUCCAUAGUUUCAAUUUCAAUGAGGCCGCUAACAACAACACCAUCAAAGUUGUUCGCAAGGAGUACCUUCUCAACGUGACCGAGCAGCAAUUCUCGAUCAAGUUCUCUCCCCAGAAGAACUCCGCGGCGUUCAUCAAUGCAAUUGAGGUGGUUUCAGCUCCUGAUUAUCUCAUCUCGGACACGGCUAACAACCUUCAGCCAGUGAGCCAGUUCCAGGGGUUGUCCAAAUUUGGGUACGAAUAUAUGUACAGGAUUAACGUGGGAGGACCUCUAGUGACCCCGGUCAAUGACACAUUAGGACGGUUCUGGUUGCCGGACGAGCCAUACAUUAAGUCCAAGAACAUGGCCCAAAGUGCCAAGGUUGAAACCAAAACUAUCAAGUAUCCUCAAGGGCUCACACCCCAAAUAGCUCCACCAAUAGUUUAUGCAACUGCUGCGCAUAUGGAAGAUGCAGGUGUCAGCAAUCAAAAGUUCAAUGUGACAUGGGACUUUCAGGCUGAAAAUGCAUAUGGUUACUUGAUCCGGUUGCAUUUCUGCGACAUUGUGAGCAAAACACUUGGUAAUCUUUACUUCAAUGUCUACAUCAAUGGGCAGAUGGCAAUAAGUGAUUUGGAUUUGUCACAAACCGUCAACGGUUUGGCAAUUCCAUUCUACAAGGACAUUGUGGUCAACUCUUCAUUGAUAAAAGACGUGCUUUCAAUCCAGAUUGGUCCGUCUAAAUUGGGGAGUGGUGCUCAGGAUGCCAUUCUAAAUGGUUUGGAGGUUAUGAAAAUAAGCAAUUCUGUUAAUAGUUUGGAUGGAGAGUUCGGAGUCGAUGGAAAAGAAUCAAAAGAUAGCAGCGGAGGUGUUCACAAGGGAGCGGUGGCUGCAGUCGGAUUUGGUUUGAUGUUUGGAGCUUUUAUUGGACUUGGGGCAAUGGUGUACAAAUGGAAGAAGAGACCUCAAGAUUGGCAGAAAAGGAACAGCUUCUCUUCUUGGUUACUUCCUGUACAUGCUGGAGACAGCAGUUUUAUGUCAAGCAAGAACUCAGUGGGAAAGAGCAUGUACUCUUCCUCUAUGGGCCUUGGCCGAUUCUUCUCUCUCGCGGAGUUACAGGAAGCUACCAACAAUUUCGACUCGAACAAAAUCAUUGGUGUUGGUGGAUUUGGCAAUGUGUAUCUUGGCGUGAUUGAUGAUGGGAUUAGUGUUGCUGUCAAGAGAGGAAAUCCACAAUCUGAACAGGGGAUUACAGAGUUCCAAACAGAGAUUCAAAUGUUGUCAAAGCUCAGGCACAGGCAUUUGGUCUCUCUAAUUGGCUAUUGUGAUGAAAACCAAGAGAUGAUCUUGGUUUAUGAGUUCAUGUCAAAUGGACCAUUCAGAGAUCAUCUGUAUGGUAAGAACUUGCCACCACUGUCAUGGAAGCAAAGACUAGAGAUCUGCAUUGGCGCUGCUCGCGGGCUUCACUACCUUCAUACGGGCACAGCACAAGGCAUCAUUCACCGCGAUGUGAAGACAACAAACAUCCUUCUCGAUGACCAGUUCACUGCCAAGGUUGCUGAUUUCGGGUUGUCUAAAGAUGCGCCAAUGGGACAGAAUCAUGUGAGUACCGCAGUGAAGGGAAGCUUUGGGUACUUGGACCCUGAGUACUUUAGGAGGCAGCAACUGACAGACAAAUCCGAUGUCUACUCAUUUGGAGUUGUCAUGCUCGAGGCAUUGUGCGCUAGGCCUGCUAUAAAUCCAGCACUUCCAAGAGAGCAAGUCAACUUGGCCGACUGGGGAAUGCAGUGGAAGAGGAAAGGCUUGCUGGAAAAGAUUGUCGACCCUCUCCUCAUUGGAACCAUCAACCCUGAAUCCAUGAAGAAGUUUGGUGAGGCUGCCGAGAAGUGCUUGUUAGAGCACGGUGUGGAUAGGCCUACGAUGGGAGAUGUGCUGUGGAACUUGGAGUAUGCUCUGCAGCUUCAAGAGGCAUUCACCGAAGGAAAGGGCGAAGAUGACAGCAUUAAUGCUACCCCCUCCGCUGAUGCUGCAUCUGCCUCUCCUACUGAUGCUGCUGCUGCCGCUCCUACUGCCGCUGCUUCCGUUCCUCUCCCGGCUGCUAUCCUGGAGGAAGAAGCCCCCCCUACAGAACAGACUAUUAAUGAUCAAUCUGGAACUGCUAUAUUGUCUCAAUUUUCUAACCUCAAUGGUAGGUAAAAAGUUUAAAAUUUUAGUCCAGUACUAAUUGACAAACACAUGGUCUAGUUCUUCAGUGUAAUCCAUGAAGGAGCCAAAACAGAUUGUGAUGAUCAACGUUCCUCUUUUUCUUGAGUUUGGGGUCAUUGAACUGUUUAUGUUUAUACCGUAAUGAUACUGGUAUGAGGAGUGUAUAACAUCUAGUACAGUACCAUUAAUCCUAUACGUAUUUAAGUGUAUA